AUUAUAUGCAGACUUAGAACAAUGACAUAGUAACUUGUAAGUUCUGUUAAGAAAGUUUACCUGUUACCAUAAUGUUUUCGCAUAGGAUAGAGUGUAAUUUGGGUAAUCAUCCAGAAUACUAAUCUAUUAUUUAAACCCAGGUUCAUUUAUAAUAAUAAUUUUAGAAUGCGAAUUCGAAUGAUUCUAAGAAAUUAACAGAAACAAAUGAUUCUCAAAUAAAAUAAAACUAAGAAAUUUAAGAUUUAGAAUCUUAAAAACCUAAUUCAUAAUAUUUAAUGUAACAUUCAUAUAAGGAAUCUGCUUCAUAACAAUAGAUAAAAUAGAUCAAUUAAACAAAUUAAUAAACACAAUCUAUUUUACAAUAAACAACAAAGAAAUGUGAAUGUUGUAAUGAGAUUUUUCAGAAAGAUUAAAUUGAUGAACAUUACCCAAAAUGCCAAGUCUAUUUAAUGAUUGAAAAAUUGUAAAUAGAGGAAACAAUGAAUGAUUAUAAUUACUAAGAAAAUUAUUUUGAUAUAAAUGGAUAAUUAAAGGAAACAGAAUUUUGUACUCAAAUUCAAGAAGUUAUUUAAGAAGAUGGUAAAAUACUUUAAAAAGUUAUCACUAAGGAUCCAGCUAAAAAUGAAUUAUAUGAAACUACAUUUAUAAUUGAUUCUAAAACCAAUUCAUAACAAGGGCAGAUUUCUUAAGAAAAGUUAAAUCCAAAAAUAAAUUAAACAUCUUUUGAAUAGAGCUUUCAGAGUUUUAUCAAUAAUGAUAAAUUAACUCUAUUAUAAUCCAAAGUUAAUGAUGAAUAAAGGUAUAAAAUUAAUUCUAAAUAGCCUUACUUCAAAAUUAAGAGUUCAAAGUUUGGGGAGAAUUAAAUUUUCAAAUUCAGAUGAGCUUGAUUAAGAAUUUAAAUUUUGUAGCAUUUGCUAUGUCAAUUAUAAAAAAGAUUAAGAAUUAAUUCUACUCCCUUGUAUACAUAGAUUUCAUCAUGAUUGUAUAUAUUAGUGGUUGCUGACAUCAUCAACUUGUCCUAUUUGUAAAAUAGAUAUAACUUCACCAACAUCAUCAAAAUUUAGAUAAAAUUAUUGA